AUGAAUUCCUUUCUUCUCAACAGAGCCCUCGGGUCUGUAAGCUCCAACACCUUUUAUGUCGCUCAAACAACUCGGCUAGUACACAAUCUCGAGCCUGCACCAGGGAUUCGGUUCUCCAGUCGCAGAGCCUCACGGAGAAGCGAGUCUCGAGGUGAUGCCACGCCGUUGAAUGAGGAACACGACUCUACGGAAGAUGAAACUGCCCACAAUGCUGGCGUGAAUUGCCUAGCAAUUGAUCAAUUUGACGGUCGAUAUAUGAUAUCCGGAGGUGCAGAUCCAACCAUUCACCUCUGGGACCUCGAGAGCAGAGGCUCAGAACACGAGCACGUCCAUCGGGCUGUUGCAUCGGUCAGCAAGUCGUCGCAUCCAGAUGCCCAUAGCCACGCCAUCACGUCCCUGUCCAUAUACCCCUUCGAUCCGGAGCCAUCCACCAUCUUCUCGACUGCCUACGAUGGUACAUUGAAGCUUUCAGCGCUCCAGUCACCAGUGAUAACCCCUGUCCAUACUUUCAAGCUCGAUUGCACACCAUACGCUCAUUCAUUCUCUUCUCAGCCUGGAUCUACUCUCCUCGUUGCGGUCGCCACGUCCGAUCAAGCUGUGCGCCUGGUAGACUUGCGAUCUGGCCUCGCGGCACACGGUCUGCCCGGACACAAUGCCGCGGUGCUUUCGGUGGACUGGGCUCCACAUCGACCACAUCUUCUGGCCUCGGGAUCCGUGGAUAGCCGGGUGAUCAUCUUCGACGUGCGCCGCGGCGGCCACAACUCUGCCAUUGCGACUUUAGACAUGGAUGACCCAGUAGGGUUGGCACCCCCAGGCUCGGACCCUGCAACGUUCUCCCAGGCCCGGCCAGCAUUUUCUCGGCAUGCCCGCGCUCACAAUGGUGCUGUCACUGGAGUACGGUGGACGUCUAAUGGUUCCCAACUUGUUACUGUAGGCCAGGAUUCUCGAAUUCGAGUAUGGGAUACCGCCAGUGGCGCAAAUACACUGGUUCAUUUUGGACCUCGCGUUAGGAACUCCACCUCCUCUUAUCUGGCAGAGCGGGCUCCACUUGUGAUACCCAAGGGAUUCAUGGCACCGGGACACGAAACCCUUUUAUGGCCCAACUUUCAUGAGCAGGAUGACCGCGGUGAGAUCUUCAUGUUUGAGCUCCGUGAGGGAACAUGUGUCAAGCGCCUCCGAGUCCCUGGUCUUGCGACUGGUGCUCAGGCUCGAGGGAGGUCGAGUGCACUCAGUGCUGCACGUAUCAAUGAUCUCGUCUGGCGCGGGAAUGGUGGUUCAGGCGAAGGGUUGGAAUUGUUCUCAGCUCAUGGGGACGGGACCAUCCGUACUUGGGUAUCCCGUGAACCUGAUGGUGAACCCACCGAGGAAGAGGAAGCGGCACUUGCAGCCCGUAAGAGGAAACGAGACGUACUGGAUGACAUCUACCAGGGGUUUCUUCAACCAGAAGCAUCUAGAAUUCAUACCUAG